GUUUUGGUCCAAAAUACCAUUUAUUCAUUUAAAAUGCCAUGCGGGAUUCCUUUGUUACCAAUGUCACCAAGCCUUAUUAAAAGUGGCCUGGUUUCCAAGCAAUCUUCCAUGUGCUCCGAAGAUCAGUGUUCAUUUAACAGCAAUUGUUUUGAAAAAAUCAAGUUAUUUCCUUGGUAAUUAACGCACCGAUCUUCUUAAUUUAAAUACCAUGAGUUUCCGCGGUCGAGGCCGUGGUGGUGGAGGUAGAGGGGGCCGUGGAGGUGGUCGAGGAAGAGGUGGAGGACGAGGAGGCUUCGUUCAACAGGGACCACCGGAGUCAGUAGUAGAGUUAGGUCAAGUUAAACAUCAAUGCGAAGAAGACCUUGUGUGCAAGUGCACCAAUGAAAAGAUACCGUACUUCAAUGCUCCAAUCUACUUGGAGAACAAAUCACAGAUUGGAAAAGUUGACGAUAUAUUUGGACCAAUCAAUGAAUUUUUCUUUUCGGUGAAGAUGUCAGAAAAUAUGAAAGCUUCUUCAUUUAAAAAGGGACAAAAGUUUUUUAUUGAUCCAUACAAACUUCUUCCACUCCAAAGAUUNAAUCUUUGGUGUGCCUCUGGUGGUGUCCAGAAACGUGGAGGAGGAAGGGGUGGUGGAAGGGGCGGAGGGAGAGGAGGUGGAAGAGGAGGUUUUAGAGGUGGAGGUUUUAGAGGUGGAGGAAGAGGACGAGGUGGCAGAGGAGGAGGAGGAGGUUUUCGUGGUGGCGGAAGAGGUGGUGGUGGUUUUAGAGGACGUGGAAGAUAAAGACAUCUUUUACAAAGUUCAUUCUUAGAUCAAAUUCAGUGUACAUGAAAUAUAAAAGUCACUUCAACGUCCAGUCAGCUUUCUUCAAAUGCAAGUGGUCAAUACAUUCUUGUAAAAUAUUUAAUGUAUUAUCUUUUACGURUGAAGUCUGGCUAUGUCACCUCUCACAAAAUAUAGUGAAUGAUGUUCUUUGCAAUAUUUUAUUACAUCCAGAAUUCUUGCCUUGCAUUUCAGAAAUUGAUAAUCUUGUACAGAACAAAGUGUAUUGAUUUGACCAAAAUAUGAAUUUGACAUUUGAUGACAAAGAUGGAUUUCUUCUGUCUUCUCAAAUACACUGAACCAGCAACACAUUUUAUUUUUGUUUCAGUAAACUUUCCCAACAAUACCCUGCCAACAGAGUGUUAUUUACCUUACCUCAGAAAAAACUUCGCAAAGAAAUUCCUUCAUGAAUUUUUUACCGAGGUAAGGUAAAUAACACUCYGUUCRCAGGGUAUCCCAGCAAAUAAUCGAUAAAAUUUACUUGGAUAAUUCAGUUAAAAUGUGGCAUUGUUCAAAUUAAGUUUCAUAUUUUUAACAAAGAAAUAAAAAAGAUUAAUGUUG